AUGUUCAAGAUCUCUGCCGCUUUCGCUACUCUGGCCGCGCUGACCCAGGUUUCCUUGGUGACAGCGCACGGCGGUGUGCUCAGCUAUAAUAUAGCCGGGACUACCUACAACGGAUUCGUCCCGUACAAUACCCCCGUCGGGCAGUCCAGUAUUCAGCGUGAAUGGGACACCUAUGAUCCCAUCCAAGAUCCCACCGACUCGUACAUGUCUUGCAAUACAAAUGGCGCCAACCUUGGUUCUGACCAGUUGUAUGCUACUGCUGCAUCUGGUUCCACGGUCAUCGCCUACUGGAACAACCCAUGGCCCCACACCAUCGGGCCAAUUAUGGUUUAUAUGGCGAACUGCAACGGUGACUGCACCGACGCCACUACUUCGGACCUGGAAUGGUUCAAGAUCGAAGAGGCUGGUCUCAUCUCUGGCGAUCAGCCCACUGGUGUGUGGGGUAUGGGUGAGAUGGUGAACGACAACAGCUCUUGGACGACCAGUAUCCCCUCGUCCCUUGCAGCCGGCGACUAUUUCAUCCGCCACGAGCUGCUCGCGAUCCACCAAUCAAACGUGCCUCAGUUCUACAUGGAGUGUGCGCAGCUCAAGAUCACUGGCAGCGGCACAGCCAGCCCUUCUUCGGAAUACCUCGUCAAGUUCCCCGGCGCUUACUCCAUGAGUGACCCCGGUGUCGACAUCAACAUCUAUGGCAAUUCCGGUGUUACCAACUACACUAUCCCCGGACCUGCUGUCUGGACUGGAAACUAA